AUGGUCAAGUGCGCCAGUAGAUACAAUCUGAUCGAUUCGUCUACGUCGGAGUCACCAACAGAAACUUCAAUUGAUCUGAAAGACCCUCAUGCCAGACCUAUAAGCCGCCGCAUGCAUCAUGGCAGCAUUGCUAUGACGGCCGUUCUUUACAGUUUCUCAUUAAAGGGCGUCCUCGGUCGUUGGGAGAGACGCUGGUUCAGUGCAUUGGCCAUUUUUCUCUCGUCGCUGGUGAGCCUGAGCACGGGUUCGCUUCUAGGCUUAUUAGGCAGCAUGAUUCGUUGGCCUUUGCUAGCACGUAAGCUCUACACAGCAGUUGAUGUCGACCUAAUUCUAGGCAUAUCAAAUCCAACUGGGGCUGCUAAGCUCAUCUGGAUUACAUACUUAACCGUUUUGGUCUAUUUACUCGCCAAUAUCAUUGGCCGGCUUAGUGUCGCUGCGUUCGGAUUGACCUUUGAUUUGAACGAAGAACAACGAAUAGAGUACCCUACCAGUAUAACUAACUGGAACACAAAAGACUGGGGAGAAUACGUAACUUACUCGUACUAUUUGAGAGAUUACCGCCGUGAAGAAAUUACGAAAUCCAAUACUAGUGUGGUCCACAGUUCAUCCAGGUAUUCUGGGGGAACUAUGUCGCUACGUGAAAACCAGGAGAGGGUGGUCGAUUAUCGUGACGUUAUAGAUACUGCAAUAUUUGACAUUAUUCUGAAAACCAUUUAUAUGAUGGAAAUAGAUUGUUACACGUGUACUAGUCAUAAUAACAGCAUACCGGGGCUUGGGCUACUCGAAUCGUCCAACAGCAACACCUACAAUGCUUCAAAUCUUCUCCAUCGAGUUGGUCAUUUUGACUACGAGUGGCAAGAAAUAGGGAAAGACACUGUAUACGGUGUGAGAUCUUACUCUGAUAGAGAGUAUGACGAACACUUCGCAACCGGGCUCGGCACUGUGCUCCAGCAAGAUGGAGAGUCAUAUUUUAACUCAAAUGUUAGCAUUGCAUUCCAGGGAAAACUGCAGCCUGCCCAUCUUGCAGCACGUCUCCCUAUUCUCGCCAUCUUAGGUGCUGACAUGCAGCUGCCAAAGGUGACAAAAAUCCCAGGCGCAUCUGAGCGACUAUUCAUCGAUGUCAGAUUGAAAGUCAAACUCAAGAAACCAAUUAUGGUCCUAUUGUGUAUCUUUGGAGGUCAAAUACUGGCUAUUGGAGUUGUUCUUUUCUAUUGUAGGAAGGUUUUCAUAAGAGAUCAUACCAGCAGUCUUUCUAUUGCCAGAUUGCUGAAAACGACCAUGGAAGACGUGGAAGGAAUGAGUACAUGUACGGGCGAGGAACUUGCCGAACAUCUAGAUAGCAAGGGUGUGAUGAUGAGAUAUGGAACACGGCGGAAGAGCGACAAGACGUUGGAGGUAGAUCUCUGGGACGAUGUCGAGGAAGAUUUCCCAGAUGCUAUAUAUUCAUAG